GUUGCGCUGAAGGCUGGAUCACCGAUUCUCAUAGAACCGUCGACCGCCACGAAUGGCGGUGAGAGGUGGCUGAUAAUAAGUUAAAAUUUAUGCUUGAUAGUUUGUUGUGACUGUCACAUAAACAAACAAAAUGUCUAUGAUAAUAACAUCAGACUCGAAAGCUCCCUUGCGGGAUGUAAAGAGAGUGCAGUUUGGAAUUCUAAGUCCAGAUGAAAUCCGAAGGAUGUCUGUUACUGAAGGUAGCAUUAAAUAUCCUGAAAUUUAUGAAAGUGGACGUCCUAAGCUUGGUGGCCUCAUGGAUCCUCGGCAAGGAGUUAUUGAUAAGAAUUCAAGAUGCCAGACCUGUGCUGGAAAUAUGGCAACUUGUCCUGGACAUUUUGGUCACGUAGAACUUGCUAAACCCGUUUUCCAUGUUGGAUUCUUAAAGAAAUGUAUCAAAAUUUUAAGAUGUGUAUGCUUCUAUUGUUCAAAGCUACUUGUGUCGCCAAAUAAUCCAAAAAUCAAAGAAAUCAUUGCAAAAUCCAAAGGCCAACCCAGAAAACGUCUGACUCAUGUCUAUGAUUUGUGCAAAGGAAAAAACAUUUGUGAAGGAGGUGAUGAAAUCGAUGCCAAGCUUGGUCCAGAAACUAGUAUGCAUGAUGAUGGCACCAAAAAAUCUGGUCAUGGUGGUUGUGGCAGAUAUCAACCUAAUAUUCGACAGAGUGGUUUAGAUUUAACAGCUGAGUGGAAACACAUAAAUGAAGAUUCACAAGAAAGAAAGAUUGCUCUAAGUGCUGAAAGAGUAUGGGAAAUUUUUAAACACAUAACUGAUGAAGAAUGCGUAGUUCUUGGCAUGGACCCUAAGUAUGCAAGACCAGAUUGGAUGAUUGUUACUGUCGUGCCAGUCCCCCCUUUGCCUGUGAGACCAGCAGUAGUUAUGUUUGGCUCUGCAAGGAACCAGGAUGAUCUUACACAUAAACUCUCUGAUAUAGUUAAAGCUAACAAUGAACUGAUUCGUAAUGAGCAAAGUGGUGCUGCUGCUCAUAUUAUCGCUGAAAAUAUCAAAAUGUUACAGUUCCAUGUAGCCACAUUAGUAGACAAUGAAUUGCCUGGUUUACCAAAGGCAAUGCAGAAAAGUGGGAGACCUUUAAAAUCAGUUAAACAAAGACUGAAAAGUAAGGAAGGGAGAAUUCGAGGUAAUUUAAUGGGAAAACGAGUAGAUUUUUCUGCUCGAACUGUUAUUACGCCUGAUCCUAAUUUACGUAUUGAUGAAGUAGGUGUUCCAAGAUCUAUUGCCCAAAACUUAACUUUUCCAGAAAUUGUUACUCCAUUUAAUAUUGAAAAAAUGCAUGAACUGGUUCGUAGAGGUAACAAUCAAUACCCUGGAGCCAAAUAUAUUGUCCGUGAUAGUGGUGAAAGAAUUGACUUAAGAUUUCACCCGAAAGCAAGUGACUUGCACUUACAAUGUGGUUAUCGAGUGGAGCGCCAUAUAAGAAAUGGUGAUGUUAUUGUGUUUAAUCGCCAACCUACUUUGCACAAAAUGUCAAUGAUGGGACAUCGCAUUAGAAUAUUGCCAUGGUCAACCUUUAGAAUGAAUUUAAGUGUGACAACCCCAUACAAUGCAGAUUUUGAUGGUGAUGAAAUGAAUCUUCAUGUACCACAAUCUCUUGAAACUAGAGCUGAAAUACAAGAGUUGGCACUUGUACCUAGAAAUAUUAUUACUCCUCAGUCUAAUAAACCUGUCAUGGGUAUUGUGCAGGAUACUCUUACAGCUGUGAGAAAAAUGACCAAGAGAGAUGUCUUCUUGGAAAAGGAUCAGAUGAUGACUCUCCUUAUGUUUCUUCCCAUUUGGGAUGGUAAAGUUCCAAUGCCUGCAGUCUUAAAACCAAAACCUCUUUGGACUGGCAAGCAGUUAUUUUCUUUGAUUAUCCCUGGAAAUGUAAAUCUAAUUCGUACACAUAGCACACAUCCUGAUGAAGAAGAUGAUGGCCCAUACAAAUGGAUUUCUCCAGGAGAUACAAAAGUUUUGAUUGAGCAUGGUGAGUUAAUUAGUGGUAUUGUAUGCAAAAAAACGGUUGGUGCUUCUAGUGGAUCUCUAAUGCAUGUUAUUUUUUCUGAAUUGGGACAUGAAGUUGCUGGUUGUUUUUAUGGACAUAUUCAAACAGUAGUCAAUAACUGGCUUUUAUUGGAGGGUCAUUCCAUUGGUAUUGGAGAUACUAUUGCUGAUCCUCAGACAUAUGUUGAUAUCCAAAAUACUAUUAAGAAAGCAAAGUUAGAUGUGAUUGAAGUUAUUGAGAAAGCUCAUAAUGAUGAUCUUGAACCAACUCCUGGCAAUACAUUGAGACAAACAUUUGAAAAUCAAGUCAAUCGUAUCCUUAAUGAUGCUCGUGAUAAAACUGGUGCCAGUGCACAAAAGUCAUUGUCUGAAUUUAACAACUUUAAAGCUAUGGUAGUCUCAGGUGCAAAAGGAUCUAAAAUUAAUAUAUCUCAGGUUAUUGCCUGUGUUGGUCAACAAAACGUUGAAGGUAAACGAAUACCAUUUGGUUUUCGUAAACGCACUUUGCCUCAUUUUAUCAAAGAUGAUUAUGGUCCUGAAAGCAGAGGCUUUGUGGAAAAUUCAUACCUUGCCGGAUUGACUCCAUCUGAGUUCUUUUUCCAUGCUAUGGGUGGCCGAGAAGGUCUCAUUGAUACAGCUGUAAAAACUGCUGAAACAGGUUAUAUUCAGCGACGAUUGAUAAAAGCUAUGGAAAGUGUAAUGGCCACAUAUGAUGGUACUGUUAGAAAUAGUACUGGUCAAGUUAUUCAAUUCCGUUAUGGUGAAGAUGGUUUGGAAGGUACAACUGUUGAAUUUCAGUCGCUUCCUACCUUGAAACCGUCUGAGAAAGCUUUCGAAAGGCGGUUCAGAUUCGAUGCUACAAAUGAACGUUAUUUGAGAAGAAUAUUCUUGGAGGAAGUUGUUAGAGAAAUUUCUGGAAGUACAACUGCACUGAGUGAAUUUGAAAAGGAAUGGGAGGUUCUUAAAGCAGAAAGAGAGGUUUUACGGACAAUAUUUCCCACUGGAGAUAGCAAAGUUGUGCUCCCUUGCAAUUUACAGAGAAUGAUUUGGAAUGCACAGAAAAUUUUCCAUGUUCGAACACGAUCUCCCACGGACUUAAAUCCCAUGCGGGUCAUUCAAGGAGUUGAUAACCUUGUUAAAAAGCUUGUGAUUGUGCCCGGUGAAGACAGAUUAAGCGUACAGGCAAAUGACAAUGCAACAAUAUUGUUUAGAGCACUACUACAUUCAACAUUAUGCACAAAACGAGUUGCUGAAGAAUUUCGCCUCUCUACUGAAGCUUUUGAUUGGCUCCUAGGUGAAAUUGAAACACGUUUUCAUCAAGCUCAAGUUCAACCUGGUGAGAUGGUUGGAGCUCUUGCUGCUCAGUCCCUAGGUGAGCCUGCAACACAGAUGACACUGAACACUUUUCAUUAUGCUGGAGUAUCUGCUAAAAAUGUCACCCUUGGUGUACCAAGACUUAAAGAAAUUAUCAAUAUCUCUAAAAAGCCAAAGACUCCUUCCUUGACAGUAUUCCUUACUGGAGCUGCUGCAAGAGAUGCUGAAAAGGCUAAAGAUGUCCUCUGUCGUUUAGAACAUACUACAUUACGUAAAGUCACUGCAAAUACUGCUAUAUAUUAUGACCCUGAUCCUCAAAAUACUGUUAUUGCUGAAGAUCAAGAUUUUGUCAAUGUCUACUAUGAAAUGCCUGAUUUUGAUCCAUCCCGUAUCUCACCCUGGUUGCUUCGAAUUGAGCUUGAUCGAAAAAGAAUGACUGAUAAGAAACUAACAAUGGAACAAAUAGCUGAAAAGAUUAAUGCUGGAUUUGGAGAUGAUUUAAAUUGCAUAUUUAAUGAUGAUAAUGCAGAAAAAUUGGUUUUAAGAAUAAGAAUAAUGAACAACGAUGAUAAACUUCAAGAGGAAGAAGAACAAGUGGAUAAAAUGGAAGAUGAUGUGUUCCUAAGAUGUAUAGAAGCAAAUAUGUUGAGUGAUAUGACUUUGCAAGGUAUUGAAGCAAUUAUUAAAGUGUACAUGCAUUUACCUACGACUGACAACAAGAAAAGAAUUGUCAUUACUGAAACUGGAGAAUUUAAACCUAUAGCUGAAUGGCUAUUAGAAACUGAUGGUACUAGCUUAAUGAGAGUUUUAAGUGAAAAAGAUGUUGAUCCAGUUCGAACAUACUCCAACGAUAUCUGUGAAAUCUUUGCUGUCAUGGGCAUCGAAGCUGUUCGAAAAGCAGUUGAGAAAGAAAUGAAUCAUGUCAUUUCCUUUGACGGUUCCUAUGUAAAUUAUCGGCAUCUUGCUCUGCUUUGUGAUGUUAUGACUGCAAAAGGACAUUUGAUGGCCAUCACACGUCACGGCAUUAAUCGUCAAGAUACUGGAGCUUUAAUGAGAUGUUCAUUUGAAGAAACUGUAGACAUUUUGCUUGAUGCUGCUUCCCAUGCUGAACUUGAUCCUUUGAAGGGGGUGUCUGAAAAUAUUAUUAUGGGACAACUUCCCCGAAUGGGAACUGGAGCUUUUGAUUUACUUUUAGAUGCCGAAAAAUGUAAAUAUGGUAUUGAAAUACCCAUGGUUGGUGCAAUGGGUGGACCAGGUGUAUUUUUUGGAAGUGUUGCCAGUCCUACUAGUGGUAUGUCUCCACAAAUGACACCAUGGAACCAAGGAGGUACUCCUGCAUAUGCUAAUGCUUGGUCUCCUGGCUUAGGUAGUGGAAUGACUCCUGGAGCUGCAGGUUUCUCACCAUCUGCUGCUAGUGAUGCUAGUGGAUAUAGUCCUGGCUAUAGCCCAGCUUGGUCCCCACAACCGGGAUCACCCGCGUCUCCUGCAUCACCUUAUAUUCCAAGUCCUGCUGGUGCUCUUUCACCAAGCUACUCUCCAUCUUCGCCAUCAUUUGCUCCUACUUCUCCAUCUUUAACUCCACAAAGUCCCAGUUAUUCUCCAACCUCUCCAUCAUAUUCUCCGACAAGCCCCAGUUAUUCACCAACUUCUCCAAAUUACAGCCCUACAAGUCCAAGCUACUCUCCUACAAGUCCAAGUUAUUCGCCAACUAGCCCUAGCUAUUCUCCAGCAAGUCCUAGCUAUUCACCAACAAGUCCAAGCUACUCACCAACAAGUCCUAGCUAUUCUCCUACUAGCCCAAGUUAUUCUCCAACGAGCCCUAGUUGCUCUCCAACCAGUCCAAGCUAUAGUCCUACUAGCCCUAGCUAUAGUCCUACAAGUCCAAGUUAUUCUCCGAGUUCUCCUAACUAUACACCAGCAUCUCCUUCUUAUUCCCCGACAAGUCCAAGCUACUCUCCGACAAGUCCUCGAUAUUCACCCACAAGCCCAAGUUAUUCUCCAACAUCUCCAUCGUACAGUCCUACUAGCCCCAGCUAUUCACCAAGCUCGCCUAGUUACUCUCCGCAGAGUCCAAGUUACAGCCCUGGAAGCCCAAAUUAUUCUGUGACAAGCCCAAAAUACUCUCCCACUUCACCAUCUUACAGUCCAACCAGUCCAAGUUAUUCUCCUGGAUCUCCACAGUAUACACCAACCUCACCAAAAUACAGUCCCACUUCUCCUACUUAUUCGCCAACCUCUCCUUCCUAUUCACCUUCAAGUCCAAAAUAUUCUCCUUCAAGUCCGCAGUACUCCCCAACAAGUCCUUCUUAUACUCCUACUUCUCCAAAGUAUAGCCCACCUUCACCACAAUAUAGCCCAUCUUCACCUAAAUAUUCACCAACGUCUCCAUCAUAUUCUCCUACUUCUCCACAGUACAGUCCAACCAGCCCAACAUAUUCUGUUACCAGCCCAAAAGGCUCGACAUAUUCACCAACAAGUCCUGGUUAUUCUCCUUCAUCUCCAUCUUAUAGUCCUGCAAGUCCAGGUGAUGACGACGACGAUGAUGAUGAUAUUCACAAAUAAACUCUGAAACUAUAUUUCGAUAACAUAAUGUUGUUACCAUUGAGACAAAAAGAAAAAAAAGUGACUGUUAAGAAAAUGUGAAGUUAUAAUGAAGUGUAAAAAGGUCUUACUAGGUUUUGAAUCUUUUUACCUAAUGGAGGUUAUUUUUCUGUGAACUUAUACGAAAAUCUAAAGUGCAAGAGAAAAAAAAAACAGAA